CAAUAUUCUGUAGAAGUUAUUGGAUAUUAUUUCUUAAAUCGUACAGAAUUCAGCAAUGUUUUUCAAUAAUCGAUGCAACUCGCACGGAUUUUCAGGUUAACGGGUAAUGCCGUGCAACCAAGUUUAUUACCCUGUUAAGGUUUCUCUUUUAAAGCCUCAGUCAGUCAUUCAUGUUUAUACGCUGUUGUGUUGUUUAAUGUUAUUGUCAAUUUUAUGAGAGUUUUGCGAUGAUUUCGGAAUUAAAUCUGUUUUGACGUUAAAGUAAUUGCAUCGUGUUUUGUAAUCAUGGAACUGUAAUCAAUUUGGAUGCAUGUUUUCGGAUGAUAUUUACACUAUUAAGAGCGUUCGAGAAGCUUCGCCACAGGUUGUAUCCAGAGGAAUGCCACAAAAUGCCGAUAGAGUAAGAAAUGGCGUCUGUAGAAAGUGAUAUUUUAUUCGAUAUCUUUCUGUACGCACCAUAAACGGUUGAACGCGACAUGCCUUGAUGACAGUAUUGGAGUUUGUUUCCAUCGUGCAGCAUUGUAUGUUACGAAUUGAAGACACUAGAAUCCUCCUGAAAAAAGUUGCUGAUACAGACUGAAAGAAAACGUAAAGUUUAACUAUGUGACUAUAACAUCUGCCAUAACGGGGAGGAAAUAAAGAUGGGGAAAUAAAGUUACACUUCAUCGCGACAAAUUAUUGGCAUAAAUUGUGUUUGGAGACUGAUUUGAAUGACGUUAACAGGAUUCUAUGGUAUUAAAGAGCAAUAUAAAAGAUGUCAGUCGGAAAUAUACAAAUGGAUUCUGGAGGUUAAAAUGAAAUGUGUUCUUGUGAGAAUAAGGAAUUAAAUUCUGUUUUUCGAUUCUGUGUUUGUCUACCCCCGUUAUAUGUCAUCACUUUUAUAUGUAAAGUAUUUAUUUACCUUUAUUUUGGAUUUGAGAAUAUUAAGAAAACAACAGUGUUUUAAUGUUUCUGUUUGUUUUAAAGCUAUAGUUAACUACCUGUUCGUAAGCAUAUAUUGCUUUAAAAAGUCUAAAUGUUUUGUAGCUAUAGUUCUGCUAUUUGGACCAACAAUAAUGCAUUUUGCCGGUGCUCAUAAUUUUAUAAGUAUAUAAGUAUGGCAUUAAUUAACUCAAUAAGUCUACAAUUUCUUCAAUGGUAGUUUUCCUUAAAUUAAUCAUGUGAAAUGUGGGUGUCUGUUUUUAAUAUAUGACAAACUAUUGCAUAACAAAACGUGGGCAGACGAACUUUGCUAUUUUCAUUGCAAGUGGUAUUCCGUUACAAAAAACGCCAUGAAACGAUAAAAUGCUUUGGAAUAGUUUCCAACAGACAAUAUCAAGUUGAGUCGGCAGAAUUGUUUUACCUUAUAAGGUCGCGCAUGUUUUCUGUAUUGAGAAAUAAAGUAGACGUGAUUUCAGUCUAAUAUAGGGGGUUUGGAUAACAAUAAAGUAAAAUGCGGUUUUACAUUGCAACAUAUAAUAUUCUCUAGACACACAGUUUGUCUAAAAGCCUACCUUAUUGUGGAAUUGUCUAUCAUGGAAAUUUUAUUGACUGGCUAAGUAACAGCAAAGAACGGCACGCGGACUAUCGCAUGAUUUUUAUAUUUUUCGAGUCGUCUGCACCAUGGUUGUUUACUUUCUGCAAUUGGUUGGAAUUACAGAGGCUAUGAAAGAACUAUAAUUGGUACCUCUCGGAGGGCUUUAAUGUUAAUGAUACCAUUUGUACCAUUUGGAAGAUCAUAAUUGUCCUUUUUAUGUAGUUAAUUCUGUGCAAAUAUUUAUGUGGAUUCAGAGUGAUGCAUUAUAUCGAUGUGGAUUCGAGAGCAUUCUGUGGAAAUUCAUAAAAAUUGGAUAUAAUUUAAAAAUGAAGAAAGGACUACUUGCACCACAGAACACUUUCUUGGAUACCAUAGCAACCAGAUUCGACGGAACUCAUAGCAACUUUGUCCUCGGUAACGCUCAGGCUUCUGGCUGUCCCGUGGUGUAUUGCUCAGACGGAUUUUGUGAACUAACUGGAUUUCCAAGAUCACAGGUGAUGGGUCGGAGCUGUGCUUGCAAGUUUCUCUUUGGAGAUGAGACUCUAGUAGACGAGAAAGGAAAGAUCGAAACAGCCCUUGAGAAUAAAACUGAGCUUAAAACAGAACUGUUCUUUUACAAAAAAGAUGGUGAUCGUUUUAAAUGCUUGUUGGAUAUCGUGCCAAUUAAAAACGAGAAAUCCCAGGUUGUUCUUAUACUGGUAUCGCACAAAGAUGUUGGUGGUAAGACAGAGAAAGGUGAAGAUACAGAAGGGGAAAAGUCAAGUAGUGACGAACAUGAUAGUGACGAGGAAAUGGCAGAAGCAUAUCGGCGAUGUCAAGCAAGACGUGGCAGGGCGUCGGGUGCUAUGCCAGGCACUGCCGGAUAUGCAAGUCAGCGUCGCAGGAGCCGUGCAGUAUUGUACCACCUGUCUGGCCAGUUUGAAAAACACAACAGAGCAAACCGUGCUAAGACUAAAUUACAGCAAUUAAAUAAGUUUAGCUCAAUGUCUGCGAAAAUGCCAGAAUAUAAAGUUCAAGAAGUGAAAAAGUCCAAAUUCAUCCUAAUUCAUUACGGGAUAUUCAAGAUUGGCUGGGAUUGGUUGAUAUUACUGUGUACAUUUUACACUGCCAUACUUGUACCGUAUAACGCCGCAUUCACACUUACUGAGAAAAACAACCAGAGAGAUUCUAUUUAUUCCGAUGUUGUUGUUGAAAUUUUAUUUAUGUUUGAUAUUUUGUUCAACUUUCGUACCUCGUUUGUAAAUAAAGGGGGCCAAGUAGUGUACGAGGCCCGGCUCAUAGCUAUCAACUACAUCAAGGGUUGGUUUCUGCUUGAUCUUCUAGCCGCCAUUCCUUUUGAUUUCUUGUAUAUAUUCAAAAUUAGUACGGAAGCGCCUGUUCAUUUGCUCAAAGUUGCUCGUUUAAUCCGUCUCGCAAGGUUGCUUCAGAAGAUAGAUAGAUUCUCACAGUAUAGUGCCCUUGUGUUAGCUCUACUCAUGAGUAUGUUUACCCUACUGGCUCACUGGCUUGCCUGUAUAUGGUACGCCAUUGGCCAUGUUGAGUUCGAAGACCACAAAUCAGCAAGCUGGUUGUUCGAGCUGAGUGAGAGACUACAUCUGAAUAAUUAUAUAGGUGGUAACACAAGUGAUAAUGAGACCAUCAAACCUGACAUAAUGAUGAGUUAUUUAUCUGCCCUAUACUUCACCUGUAGUAGCCUCACAAGUGUUGGCUUUGGUAAUGUGUCGGCCAACACGAACUCCGAGAAGAUAUUCUCUAUAUGUGCUAUGAUAAUAGGAGCAUUGAUGCACGCAGUAGUAUUUGGUAAUGUUACAGCAUUAAUACAACGUAUGUACCAGAGACGAGCUAACUUCCAUUCCAAAACUAAAGAUUUAAAAGAUUUUUUCCGUGCAUAUGAUAUUCCAAAGCCAUUGAAACAGCGAAUGCAAGAAUAUUUUCAAACCAUGUGGUCAAUAAAUAAUGGUAUAGAAACAAACGAGAUACUGAAAGAUUUCCCCGAGGAAAUGAAAGGAGAACUAGGAUUGCAUUUACAUAAAGAGAUUCUUAAUUUACCAAUAUUUGAAGAUGCCACACAAGGUUGCCUCAGGUCCAUAGCUUUGCAUACGAGAAAAUCAUUCUGUGCACCAGGAGAGUUUCUAGUACACAAAGGUGACGCUUCCAGCUAUUUGUAUUUAUUAGUUAGUGGAUCCAUGGAAAUACUUAAGAUGGACAUGGUUGUUGCAAUAUUAGGGAAAGGUGAUUUAUUCGGCGCAGACAUCGACUUCAACGAUCCAAUUAGUGUUUGCAAUUACGAUGUCAGAUCGCUUACUUAUAGUGAACUUCAGUGUAUAAAUCUUAAAGGCCUCACGGACGUACUGCUGUUGUACCCAGACUUUGCUGAGAAAUUUGCCAAGGACAUUCAUAACGACCUCACGUAUAACCUACGACAAACUGGAGAAGAAGAUUCAGAUGAAGAGACUACAAGCAGCCCCAAAACAAGGGUAUGUACUCUACCUUCUAUAUCUGAAGACGAUGAGUUGUCGCCCUCAGACGAUGAAGACGACGAAGAGAAAGGGAACGCCCUGGAAAAACAAGCAGAUGAUGACGACAUGGAACCCACAUUUUCCAACCAAUCAGUGAGCUCCCCGCUUCUACCGCCACCAGGAAGACUGUUCCCAAAGCUUCCAAAUGGAGAUAUAGCUAUUGAUUCGUUGAAUAGUCCACCAACUAUUCGACCAUGGGGUAUUCGUAGAACAAGUGGACUCUUGAAUCGACAAUCGAUGAAAGAAACGAGAAAGAUGCGGCUAGGCCAUCAGCCGGAAACUAAUGAGAAAAUAAUACCACAUGUCCAAAACUUACAAAACGAGGUUGAAGGAACAAAGGCAGCCAUUAGUAAACUUGAGAGAAAAGUCAACAAAAUAAGUCAAGACAUUAGUUCAAUUGACAGAAACAUGAGAGAAAUUCUUAAGCAUAUAACAAAUGCGUCAAAAAUGUCACCACUGGAGUCUUUGGCGCCAGUGUCCCCGAGCACGCCAUGCCCGUCUUCGACGCAUUUCAGUUUUGACUUCCACAGUAAUUCAGUAAAGCGUGCGCACGAGAAUAAACAAAGGUCAGCGUGUGAAACUCUAAGAGAAACGAAAUCGGACGAUCGUGUUCUGCUUCACGUGCAAAGUGAAUGUGCUAAGGAAUGUGACCCUGAUAUUGCACGUGAGGAAUUUAACCCAAGGCGGAGGAGUAGUUUACAAGUACCAUUGUUAUUAAAUCCGCACGAACUUGUAGGUAGAAGACAUAGUGAUGGUACAAAAAAGAAAAAUAUUAGAAAUCAGUUUCAAAUAGGAAUGCCAAUAUCGAAGAGUGAGUAUAAUGUAAGAGCGAAUGACAGAACGGGAUUUAAAGAAACAGACCGGUUACUAGACAACAGUGAUGACAUAAGUUACACGGAGAGUGAUUUUACAGGGUCUUAUGGGAAUAUUACAGAUAAUGUGAUUCAGACGGAUACAGAACGAGAUAAUACAAGCAUCGCUGGAAAGAGUGAAGAAGGACUUAAUUUUAUGGACAAACUUGAAGAAAUUCAUUCGGAUACUUGUAAAUCUCCCCUUGAACUUCGAAGAAUAGUAGACGCGAGUGAUAGAGAUAGCAGCUGUGAUACAGAUGUGAUAAGAAAAAGUUUCACUUUAAAUUCAAUUAAAGACACGCCAAAACUGGUAAUACAUAAAGACAAAAGCAUGCCUGCAAUGAAAUAUCACCAGGCAGAAAGACCUCAGUAUUCUGAUAAAAAAGAUUCAUUUGCAGAUAAGUCUGCAAUAUUCCUCGAAACAUUACAGUCAUCGCGUAAGAGUAAAAGUUGUGUGGAAAUAUCCCCGAAACCAAAACGAUCAGAUUUGUCAACAAAAGCAAAAAGUUAUGACAUUCUUGAAACGGAGUUCGGUGCAAAAACACCAAAUGAGGUACGCACAAUUCAUGUUAGGACAAAACGUGAUUCUUUAAAAGACUCUAAGCAACCUAAAGAUUUAUUUGAAACAGGAAAGAAAUGCUUUCAAACUAUUAAUGAUAAAAUAUGUGAAAAAGAAGCGUGUCCAUCAAUAAAAGAGGUUGAAACAAGUUUAACAUCGGCUUGGUUCAAUGACAAAAAAGAUAUAGCAUGGUCUUGUCCAAACGAUAGUGUUCUUAAAGAUAAUAAUGUCUUCAAUGAAGACAGACACAAAGACCAGGGUUUAGACAAUUCAAGAGCGGAUUCUGGACACGUGAGUCUUCUUGACAAUAUAAAUCUUGAGUCGGACAGGACUGACGUUUGCUCUCAUGAGAAAAAUGACCUGAUGGAUCAUACUGAUUGUUUUGAAACCGGUAAUAAAAUAAGUCCGUCUGUUGGAAUGAAUUCCCAUGAAAAACUACGGCGACUUAAACCUGAUGUUUCUCCAGAUUCGUGGACAGAUGUGAGUGAAAGUCUUAUAACGGACAGUGUAAAAACUGAAGAUGAAACGGUGAUAGAUAUAGACACUGACUCGCCUGUGAUAAAUAACUUACAUGGACCAUUAGUAGACACAUCUGUUACAAAAUCUACAGACCUAUAACACAUGUGAUUUUAUUUAAUAUUUUCUUACAAUAAUGUCUUUAUAGAAUGAUACAAGGUUCCUUGUUCAUAUUUCAGAACCAUGCUACGCUAGAUCAACUUAGUGACAUUAUACAUUUACUUGAAGUAACUGUCACGUCCAACCGACUUUUAUAUUUAAUUAUUUUAUCUUUACAAGCAAAAGAUAAAAAGAUGAUUUCUUAAGUACCAUUUGAAAGAUUUUUUUUUGCAAAAUAUAAUAAUUUAUAUAAUUCUAGUCUUUUUAAACACAUUAUGAAUAAAGUUUUGUAAUACAACUGAUAUUAUUAAUACCUACAUAAGAAUGUCUAAGUACAGGAGAUAUAAGGCUGUUAUUGUAAGCACCAACUUCCACAAUUUGGCUACAUAUUCUAUUUACAUUAGUCAUGUUACAUACAAAAGAUGCAUUAUGUACCCAUAUCUGAAUCUAAAAACAGGCCGAUAAACAAGUCACGACUGUGCUUCCAAAUUUUGAAUAAUUAUUUUUGGAAUAAUGUUAAGAAUAAUUCCAAGAUAACAUUUUAAACCUUUGCCUGUAAAUGGUGACAUAAUCUACCCAUGUGACCAGUGUAGAUCUGCAGGCACAUCUAUACCGUCUUAUCAUGGUGUGUACACUGAUUCGGCACGCAUUUACGUGCACUUUAAAGGAACUGUACUGAGGUCAAAAUGCAAAAAAAAAUCAGAAAUUUUGAAAAUCUUACAAAUAUCAAGUGAAACACUUAAAAUGGAAUAACCUCCAAAGAAUAACAAAGAAAUAUUUUGAAAAAUGAUUGUUCAUGCGAUUUUUAGCCGGAUUUGAUUUUGAUUUUUUUCAUUUUUGGGGGCUUUUUUCUAAAUAAAAAUGAAAAUCAAAAACAAGAUGUGGAAAUAAGCUGAAUUAACGCACAAUUUAUUGGAAAAGACCUAAGUCAAUUGGUACACAAAUCUUGGAAAAAUAUUUUUAUUUUCUGUCCAGUCCAGUCAAAAAACCUCAGUGGAGUCCCUUUAAAUAAGAUUUUCACUAAAAGUAAUGAAUGUUUUUGCUCAGACUUAAAAGUCUAUUUGGGAUAUUAAGCCUGGUAAAGGGUUUAAAAUCGGAAAUAAGAUUAUCCUACUAGUAGGGAGAACAUGUGAGUACACCAAAAUGUUUCGUUACUUUUGAUGCCUGUUUAUAACAUAUCUUAAUUAUCAUAUAUUAUCUUAUAAUAGAUUCGCUGGUAAUAAUUCGCGCCGACCGUUAACUUGUGAUCUUGCAGCUGUAAUUUACCAAGUCUUUCUUUGUAUGUUCUUUUUUUUUCUUCAUCAUUGCUGUCAUUGUGCGUUACAAAUUGUUCUUAAUGAUCGUCGUUUAUUGUUUGUUACACUAUUAAAGUGACUAGUAAAGCUUACAUGAUACACGCGUGUCAUUUUGUCAUACUUUGCCAAUUGUUUUUUGUAUAUAACAAAGAAGAAAACCGAAACAAAAUACAGCGUCCUUUAAUUGCCAUUUUCAAUACAUAUUUAAUGCGGCAUGUUACAAAAUUUUCCGAUUCUUAUUUUCUUUUUACAUUUAAAUCUUUUAACUAUUCAAACAAUAAUCUUAAACGAAUUAUGCUUUUUUGAUGAAACUGAAAUAUUUCGAAACAAAUUACCUUAUUCUGAGACACCAGCAAGUAAUAUACGUUUUUCAUUGUCACAGUGCUAUUUAAAUUUGGGCUAUGCUACAUCUCUUAAGGUCUAUCUACAUCUUUUGUCGACCUGAUGACGUCAUCUAGAAAGUUUCAUUAUUAAAAAUCCGCUUGGACUUACAUAAGUAAACAUGGAAUGUAAGGUAUUUUUACAUUGUUACAUUAUUACGAGUGAAUUGACAGAAGAAGUUUUAAAAUAUAUUUUAUUUAUUGUUUAAAAAAAACUAAACAUUUAAAACUUUUUUACUUGUUUCUCUAAAUGCAAUGUUGGAUACAAUAUGAAUACAUGAUUUAUGUCUGUUUAAAUAACUCUUGUGUGCUUAUACGUCCUUAUUUUUGCAAAGAAUAUAUGAAUAUAUGAAAGGCACAAAACAAAACAUAGUUUUAAAUAUCAUUCACUAUAUGCAGCCGGUGUUUAUAAUAUCAAAGGAUACUUUCACUGAAAGCAUCGUUUACUUUAUCUUUGUAAGACAUUCAACUUCUAUGUUUUCAGUCCUUUGGACCUUAGUUGAGAUCCUUUAUAAUACAUUAAAGGAACUCCACUGUGAUCCAAAUCCUAAAAAAAACCCAUGAAAUUACAUUUCUUACAUAGAUCACCUCGAGAACUUCAAACAGAAGGAUAUAGAAAAGAUAAUUUUUUGUGUUAUUCUUGGUCCAUUUUUUUUGUAAAAAGCAUUGCAACGCUUUUAAUUUCAGGUCAUUUUUAGCAAUUACAAUAUUCAUUCUGGAAAAACGAAGUUAGCAAAUGAUCUGAAAAUUUGCACGUAACCUAUUGGUACAGACUCGCAUCAAAUGGAGCAUUAAUAUCGAAAAAUUAUUUCAAGUCCUGUCAUGUCAAAAAAAAUCCACAGUGGAGUCCCUUUAAACAAUUAUUACGAUUUGAAAUGCGUCACUAUUUUUGAAUGUCAAUUUAUACUCUUCACAAUUUACAAUGUCUUACUGCUUUACAAGCUUUCAAGUGUUCAAUUUAAAACUGCCAGAUUAAUUGAUUUCAUUGUUUUAAAGAAACAAAACUGAGGAACCCUCGGUUAUUUUGGGUUCCCAAUAUCCCCCGAAUUUUACAUGAUUAUAACAUAGAUGAAUAUUUCUUAAAUCGGUUGUUUCUAUUGUUAUUUACCUACGAUUUUACAUUUUUAAGCAUUACAUAUGUUUGUUAACAUUUUGUUAUAUAUUUGAUGUUUUAUUCCAAGCAAAUAAAUGAUUUGA